GAGGUCAGCCAUACAUCAGUAGGAUUUGCUCUGUUCACAGAGAGGGUUUGAAGGUGAACUAUGAUGUGUAACUUCUUCUGACCUCUCUUGCUGUGAUUGUAUGUUGAAGGUCUGAACAGGGGACCAGGAAACGUAAUCAUGCCAGAAAAGAUGGGUUUAGUUUUCAGGUUGACGUUCUUAUUUGCUUUACUUUCUGAGGCUUCUGCACAACUGAUCUCUGCCCCAGAUUUUAUAGAGACCAGCUGCAGGGGAUCUCGUAUACAACAUGAUCUACCUGCGGAGCUUGUGCUUAAGAAUUUCACCAGAUUUUCAGCUAUUGAUCGGAAUGGACAAGCAAUCGUGAUCACAGAGUCUUUGGCUUCAAAGUGUGGCUAUACAAUAUCCCAGGACAGCUGGGGCAAAAUGACUUUCAGGAUUUCCCUCUCUAGCUGCUACGUUCAGAUUCAGAACGACACCUACUUCACAGUACCAGUGAAGAUAGAGAUCUCAUCCAGGCCAGAUAUGGUUGGUGCCAUAAGCUACUUAAAGAAUACUAGCUGUCCCUACUACUGGAGUCCCCGGGAGAUCUACUGUGACACAAAUUAUAUGGAGGUGUCUGUUAGGACAAAGAUCCCGGUAAUUGCAGAAAGAACCUUUAGAGAUGAGCCAGAAGAUUGGGAAAAUGCCUUUGAUGCAGCUGUCACUGGACGCUUGUCAAUUUGGCAAAUCGUGUUCUACAAGUCUUCUACCCAGAAAACGACAAUGCAAAUCGAUGCUGCACUGAAUAUGGGAUAUGGCAUUAAUACCACAGAAUCCAGGACACUGCUGAGAUCUCCUUACAAUGCCACAGAAUCUGUGUCUCAAAAGGUUGGUGGAGUGGCAUUUUCAACUGUGCGAGCUACCCUUUUUUACAAGCAGAGAUGGCUUAUUUUCUUGGUUGAUCAUGCUGUGGCUUGCCCGGUUGAUGACGUGUUCUUUUCCCCUGGGUUGAUAACAUGGACUAUUCCAAAGAACAUUUCACCCCUGCUCAUUGGUGCCAAGAUUAUCCAGAGUAGUAGCUAUCAUUUUGGUGUAGAUAUUAGGAAUAUGACAAAUGAACAAAUACUUGCUAGUGGAUAUGACAUCACUGAUGGUGUCGACACCAUCACUAUAAAAAUUCCAUUAGGAGCUGAUGGAGGAUAUUAUAAGAGCCACGUAGUGAAUCUGGAGCAUGGGAUAACCUAUAACAUCAAGCCAUUUCUGGAAAACGUUUGGAUGGAUAGCGCCUGGGGUGUCACAAAGUACACUAUUAUAAAAGACAUCACAACUCCAUUUCAAAGGGUGCCUCCUCUUAUAAAGAAUGAUACCAUACCAUCGACUAUGAUCUUUAAUGUCACAAUUGGUACAUUCCUUCCAGAUGUUCAAUUGAUCAAUGUAACCAUUGGUGGUGGAGUUACAGAGACUGUGCCAGAAGUUACAAGUCACGGUUUAACAUUAUACCCAAUAAUUCAUAUAAAUGGAAGUGUUGAUUUUGUCCUUAAAGUCCCUUUCUUGGAUCAGCAAGUGUUUAAAAAGGAUCUUGGAAAUGGAAUGCUUUUCACACUGAAUGUUACCUAUGGAUUCAAUAUCAUCCCUUAUGAUGAGACCUUUACUAUCUCCACCGGUAUUGAAUGCUUUAUAUCCUAUCCUAUUGUGAGACCAUGUGUCCGACAAGGCUCCCUGCUUACUACUACCAUUGAUAACCUGGAUCCAAACUGGAAUCUAUACAUUAAAGAUACGCUGGCAACAACCAACAAUGGAUUACUUUCAAGCACCAAUCAGACGUCUUCUACAGUUAAUGUUGAUGCACAAUCUGGUCUGGUCAUGCAGGAGGCAGCUGGAACGGGUGUAGUGACUACAAUCCCAAUAAAUAUAAAGGAUCGCACAGGCACCACAGUCUAUUCAUUAGUCAUCAGCUGUGAUUCAGUGAUACCUGUUGUUUGCCUCCCAGAAGGGAUUAUUCAGGUAACUGUGAGUAAAGUCCAAAAUGUAAAAGAUAUGGAUAUGUCUCUGCUAAGACUGAGGGAUCCCACCUGUCGACCAGAUAGCUCUGAUGCAAACAACGCCUACUUCUCAUUCGGUGCCAGUGACUGUAAAACUACAAGAACGUUUGAAAACAACUGGAUGAUUUAUGACAAUGAGAUAAGCUACUACAGUUCGGCAUCUAGAAUACCAAUAUUAAUAAUGAAUGUCACAUGCAACUACACAACUAAUGGUACCGUGGCGGUUGAGUACAGUUAUCAUGACAACCCAACUCCUAGUGCACAGUCGGCAAUGGCAUCGCUUGAUUUGAUUUUAAGGUUAAGUAAAGAUAUUGCAUAUACAAACUUCUAUGGCGAUGUGGACUAUCCAGUUGUGAAGUACCUGACGGAGCCCCUGUAUUUUGAAGUUGAGCUCCUGCACAGUUCAGAUUCUCGACUAGAAAUCUUCCUGGAUACCUGCUGGGCUACAACAUCACCCGACAUGAACAGCUCGCCCUCAUGGCUCAUUGUCACAAACAGUUGUGAAUAUGGGGAGUCGUACCCAACAAACUUCCUUGAAGUGACUGCAGAUUCCAGAGUUCAAUUUCCAUCCCACUUCAAGAGGUUUGAAGUAAAAACCUUUACCUUCAUGGAUGGUGACCAUUCUUAUACUGGAGCAAUCCAUUUCCACUGUGAUGUGAUUAUCUGUGAUGCUUCAAACCUGUCUUCUGAUCCAGUAUGCACCGGAGUUGGAUCAUGCAUACCUGCCAAACAGAGAAUAGGCAGAAGUGUCAAUUCCGAUGGAGAGAACCCUCGCUCAGUUUCAUCCAGAGCAGUUGUACUGCUGGCACAGAGUUGAGUCCUAUGCUGUAUAGUCUUCAAGUGAUCGUCCUCAAUGCUGUGUAUAUUUUAUUUUAAGAGCUUUUUGGUAAUAAAAUUUGAGGAUGAAACUUU